AUGAGCACUCCACCCUCGGCACAUGCCUUCCUCGUCCUCCUCCUUCUCGUCCUCGCCGGAGCGGUCAUCGCCUCCGCCGAGAAUAACAAAGACUGUCACCCUAGCGAUAAGGCCGCGCUCCUCGCCGUCAAGUCCGCCUUCGGCAAUCAGAGCCACUUCGCCUCGUGGACUCCUUCCACCCCGUGCUGCGACUGGCACGACAUCACUUGCAACGACGCCGGUCGCGUCAUCAUCCUCCUCUUCUUCGAGGAUGUCAACCUCACGGGCACCAUCCCGGACGCCAUUUCCGGCCUCACCGAGCUUCUCGUCCUCAACCUCUAUUACCUCCCGGCCAUCUCUGGCCCUAUCCCCAAGGGAAUCGCCAAGCUAUCCAAGCUCACCUCGCUCUCCAUCUCUCUUACCUCCGUUUCGGGCCCCAUUCCGUCCUUCCUGGGCGCACUGACCAAGCUCAACGACCUCACCCUCUCCUCCAACUCCCUCACCGGCACCAUCCCGGCCUCGCUCGCAGGCCUCCGUUACUUAGACACCAUCGACCUCAGAAACAACCGUCUCACGGGCACCAUCCCGCCACUCUUCUACAACUCCAAAUCCCCUAUAAUCUCGUACCUUUUGCUCUCCAACAACCACCUCUCUGGCUCCAUCCCGACCGAGUUCGCUGCAGUCGGCUUCCAGUUCAUCGACCUCUCCCACAACGCUCUCACCGGCGACGCGUCCGUGUUCUUCGGCAGGACAAAGGAGCUAGAAAGCAUUAACCUGUCCCACAACGCCCUCAGCUUCGACCUCUCCAGCGUGGAGUUCCCGGAGGAGAUGCAAGCCAUGGAUGCGAGCUACAACGCCAUCCGCGGCGGCAUCCCAGCGCAGGUGGCGAAUGUAACGAACCUGCGGCAGUUCAACGUGAGCUACAACAAGCUGUGCGGCCAGGUUCCGGCCGCCUUGGCGAGGUUGGAUGUCUACAACUUCCAGCACAACAAGUGCCUCUGCGGUGCGCCCCUCCCAGAUCCAUGCAAGAAAUAA